CUCCGAUUCUCACAAAUGCUCCCCAGUUUCCUCAGUACUUGAUUGUCCUAGCUAGCUGCGUUUAAGCGGCCGCUGAGAUCGAUGGAUUUCCUUGGCUAUACCAUAGUAGGCUUAGUAGCCCUUCUCACCAUGUUGAAGACUGUGAAGGGCUAUGGAAGUGGGUGGACAAACGCCCAUGCUACUUUCUAUGGAGGUAGUGAUGCCUCUGGGACAAUGGGUGGGGCUUGUGGGUAUGGGAAUCUUUACAGCCAGGGGUACGGGACAAACACAGCUGCGUUGAGUACUGCUCUUUUCAACAGUGGUUUGAGCUGCGGAGCCUGUUUUGAGAUUCAAUGCGUUAAUGACAAAACAUGGUGCUUACCAGGAUCCAUCAUAGUCACUGCAACUAACUUCUGUCCACCAAACAAUGCUCUCCCUAAUAAUGCUGGAGGCUGGUGUAAUCCUCCCCUGCAACACUUUGAUCUUUCUCAGCCUAUUUUCCAACGCCUUGCUGGCUACAAGGCAGGAAUUGUCCCUGUUCAGUACAGAAGGGUUGCUUGCAAAAAGAGUGGUGGAAUCAGGUUCACAAUCAACGGGCACUCUUACUUCAAUCUUGUUCUCGUAACCAAUGUUGGUGGAGCUGGUGAUGUUGUUGCUGUGUCUAUUCAAGGCUCUAAAACCGGUUGGCAGGCCAUGUCCCGGAACUGGGGACAGAACUGGCAGAGUAACUCUUACCUUAAUGGUCAGACCCUCUCUUUCAAGGUCACAACCAGCGACGGACGGUCUGUGGUCUCCGACAAUGUGGCUCCUCCCAACUGGUCUUUUGGCCAAACCUACACUGGAGAGCAGUUCUAGACCCACCCGGCCAAUUCGAUCACUAUAUAAAUUAAGCCUAGCUAUCACCUCUAACUUUAGUGUGACUUUCUUUUCUAAUUAUACUAGCUAGCUACCAUAUAAGGUACGUAUAUUGUGGUGUUCAGUAUCGUGGUAAAUCAUCAAGGGGGGGCUUUUUUUUUUUGGAACAGCUAGCCCUUAUAGGUUUUUGUCUGAGUGACCGAGUUUAAAUAACACUCUCUAGCUACCAACGGUUUUAGGUCUGUUGAGGGUCCAUGCAAACUGUAGAAGGCCUCUAUAUACCUCUAGUAAUUAAUAUAUUAAUUGUACCGUGUGAGUGUGACUACUGGCCGGGCAUCAUUUUGGCUGAGGUGAACAAGGCUUGUCACCCGCCCCAAAGAAGUUGCUUUUGUUUGUCAUCUGAUUGCUGGUUUAGUACUCUUCAAAUGGGUAAAGAAAGAAUGAGAUGUUGCAGAGCAAAUUUUUUCUGCUUGAGGCAUUGAUCGUGGGCGAUAUUUGAAGGCCUUGUAAACAGCUAUAAUUGUCGGCUGAAAUAUGUCCUCGAAUUAAGUAUAUCGUAUAUAGGAAAUAAAUAUUUGGAGUGUGUUUAUGGAGUACAGCAUGUGUUCUUCUUGUGUGGAUGAAAGUACGUACUGUAUUUCUUUCA